AAGUGGAUUUAGUGAAGAAACAGAAUUUGAAAAGUGUAAAACAAGUUCUGUUGUUGUCCUCUACACAACUGACCGGUUGUUGUUACAGUUCUAGCGCUUUGCAUUAUGGGCCACAUUACGCGAGGUAGACUGCUCCGAUGCAUACUGCAGAUUUUUCCCGAAUCACUACGCCAUCCGGGUAUUUUUGGCAUACUGCCGAUUUUGCUUUUGCUUGCAAACUGCACAUUUGGGCCAAAUCAGUACGUACUACUAGUAUAGUAGGCGGUUUCGAAUACAGCCAGUGUGUUAAAGGCACCACUGUUUCCAUUGAAAUAAACAUUUUGUUACAUUUUGUCGGGGCUGAAGUCGGUCUCACAUUGCGUUACCGACAUUAGAUAAGACGUAGAGGCGCCACCGUGUUUGUCCAGACAUCAGCUGUAACCUUAAAGUUUCAGACGAAAUGUCCUCCCAAGUCAGACUGAGGCUGCUGCCGAGCGCCAGGUGCUUCUUCGAUGAGCCCGUUCAGGUGCAGGUAGCCGGGCUGAGGUCGAGGCAGGUGGUCACCAUGAAAGCAAGAUCAACUGACGAGAAAGGAGUGGUGUUCAGCUCCUCAGCCAUCUACAGGGCUGAUGGGAGCGGGGAGAUCGACCUGAAGAGAGACCCCUCGCUCAGUGGCAGCUACGUCGGGGUUGAACCCAUGGGUCUACUGUGGUCGAUGAGGGCUGACACCUUGCACAGAAAGUUUCAAAAAACAAAUGCACUAAACCCCCACGUGGUGAAGUUCUCUGUGCACGAGGAGGAAGGGGAGGAAAGGAUGCUGGCAGAGGCGAACAACGAGAGGCUUCUGAUUGGAGACGGGGUCAGCCGGCUCCCCGUCAAAGAGGGGAAUAUCCGCGGAGUCCUGUUUACUCCCCCAGAGCUCUUAAACAUCGGACUUUCAACUGCUAACACUAUUACACCGCUCUUGAUCGAACAUGGAACUUUCCCGGAGUUAUUAGUUGGAGGAGCGGCAGCUCUGUUUGGGAUCCUUCGUAAACGCCGCAGGGGAAGGCGUGCUGACGCGCUGGUUAAACUGAGACAGCGGGGUUUUCUCACUGUACUCCCUUUGAUCCACCUGAACGAACUGCUGCUCCUCAACAGAACUAAUUCAGACUUCUGCAAAUCUUCUGCCCUCAGUUUUACCAAAUCCUGGCUCACCCCGCACAUCCCAGACAGCGCACUUUUCCUGCCGGGAUUUAAUCUUUUCGGGCGGACCGCGUAACUGCGCUCAUGGGGAAAACAAGGGGAGGCUGCCUGUGUUAGUGAGGCGUUACUACACC